GAGAGCAGAGCCUUCAUGAAAGCCACAGAUAUGAGCAGAGAAGCAGAGGGAGAUGAUCCAGAUCAAACAGAAUGCGAAUGUAAAUCGCCUUCUCUGUUGUCUUCAUACUGCAUUGACAGUAUUCUUGCUAGAAGUCCUUUAAAAGUCAAAGUGUCGGGGGAGCGCAGUUUGGCGACUAAAAAAACACACAACAGUUUGUGGUCCGUUCAAACGGACAUGCACCUGCCUCCCAAACUCCGCCGCCCAUUUGCCCCCUCGGGCAGGAUGACAGAUUCUUCUAUACAACUUCAUAAGGAUGACAGUGAACCAUCCGAGACACUACAACUGCAUACAACCUGUAAAAACUUCAAGAUCACAGAGGCCUCUAUAGUAACUAAACAUUUUCAGGACCACGCGUCUCAUAAGUCAUGCAGUCCCGCGCAAAGACCAGAGGAGGACGAAACAGAUCAGGAAAGACAGUGCAGAGAGACACAUUUAUCCCCGGGACUUCAGGAACAACACACAUAUUUGAAGAGCAAUGAUGACACUGCUUUAUCAGCAGGGAGUGACACCGAAGAUCAAGCAGUGUUAAAACGGAAACAGAGGAGAUAUCGGACUACAUUCACUAGCUAUCAGCUUGAGGAGCUGGAAAGAGCUUUCCAGAAGACUCACUAUCCAGAUGUGUUCACGAGGGAGGAGCUAGCAAUGAGAUUAGACCUCACAGAGGCGCGAGUGCAAGUCUGGUUCCAGAACCGACGUGCAAAAUGGAGGAAAAGGGAAAAAGCAGGGAUCCACUCGCACCCCCUGAGUCUACACUAUCCUGGAACAUCCCCUGCUGCACAGCCCUUGUGUCAUUACCUGAGCGGGAAUCCAUUCGUCCCAAACCCACAUCCAGCUACUGAUUCAGUUUGGCCUCUCCAAAGACCAUCCACAGGCUCGCCCUCAGCCCACAGCUUCAGCGCUCUGUUAGGAGCAGCAAUGUUUAGACAUCCUGCUUUCAUCAAUCCCACAUUUGGAAGACUGUUUACAAGCUUAGGUCCAAUGGCACUGCAGAGGAUACAACUUUCUGCCAUCGAGGGUCCGAUUCAACCCAACCCCCACAUCACCAAUAACCUUCUCUCCUCAUCGUCACCAUCAUUACCUUCCUCUCCAUCUGUGGACUUUCGCGCCUCCAGCAUAGCAGCAUUGCGUCUCAAAGCAAAGGAGCAUUCUGCUCAUCUCACUCAGAUCUCAGAUCAGUGCUGAUGGACACACAUAUCACUUGAGAGAUGGCAAAAGACCAAAGUCAAGAAGUUGAAAUGAAUAAACUUUUUUCGUCUCCAGUGUUAAUAGGUGCUAAAUGUUUUUUUUUUGGCUGUGGUAUGAUCCAUGAUAUUUUCAUUGCAUAGCAUUUUUAAUGCCUAUAUGGGUUCAUGCAUUUAGCAAAAAAGCUGAGUAAAUUAACUUACACUAGGUUCGGUUGUUUGAUUAUUGUAUACGUUUUUAAUUUUACUUUCAUGUACUUUCAUGUUAAUAGAUUUGUGCUGCACUUUCUGUAUUAAAGGGAUGACUGACAUAGUUUUAUGGCAAGAUUUGAGUUAUAUUUGUUUUUAUUAGAGUCACCAUGAACUGAAGUAGUGAUUUGCUUUUUUGGUGACAUAUAUCCGAGUUUAAAAGGUUUCUGAAAUGAAAAAGGGUAGGACUGGACUUGAAUUCAUCCAUUGAAAACUGAUUAGAUCGUUUGAAGUUGGGUCAUGUUAUUAUUUGCUGCAAUCUUUUCCUUGCCUCCGCCCACCUGCCAUACCAUAUGACCGGAAGUAAAGAGAGAUCAUUUCGAGGAGGGGAUGAGAUUUGUGUUUUUGAUUAUAGAUUAUGAGGACACAUAAAUAAAAAAAAUAAUAAUGAAGCUCACAAAUAAGUCAUUUGUAAAAAAUUCCACAAUAUUUUUAAACAAAUUACAGUUUUUCAUUUAAAUUUCAUU